UAUCCCCAGUAUCCCCACGCCAUGUGGUCCUGCCUGCUGAUCGCCCUGGCCCUCCUGGGCACAGUCCCAGCCAGCCGCUCCGCUCUUGCCAGCCCUGUGGCAGAGGAUGAGGAUGUGACAGAGCUGGAGAUGCCCGAGGAGUACAGCAGGUGCCUGGCGGCCAGUGACAAGCAGGCGCUCGGUGUCCCCAACCYGCCGGGCACUGCCACCUGCCGCUACGUCGUCGUCUCCCGCUGCCGAAGCUUCCGCCACGCGCAGCACGUCUGUGCCCGGCGCUUCCACGGGCGCUUGGCCUCGAUCCACGAUGCCCGCACCAACAGGCUGCUGCUGCUCCUGGCGCGCCGGCACACCCAUGCCGCCCAGCUGUGGAUCGGCGCUGUCAGCCAGCCCGCUAUCCCAAUCCCGAGCUGCCACUGGACCGACAAGAGCCCCUGGAACUACAGCCAGUGGGUGCCUGGACAUCCCCUGCCUGGCCACCGCUUCUGCACCACCCUCUGCACCCAGAAUGGGCUCUGGAGGAGCRUGCGCUGCAAGAGGCGGCUGCCCUUCAUCUGCGAGAUAUGA